AUGUCCAAGAAAUCACUAUCUUCAAGUAAUCAUGUUACUACUACCGUAUCCUUAAAUAGUUUUAAAUCAACUGCAAUAACAAAGAUACUAUUUAUAUUUUCAAAUUUAUUUAAAUUAGUUUAUUCAAUACCAAUUCAUAAAUCAACUAAUAAUGAUUUUCAAACUGAACAUAAAAAACAUGAUAUGACACCUGAAGAAUUUUAUAUUAAUUUAUUUACCUCUAUGUUUUUAGUUUUAGCUGGAGGUGUUUUCGCAGGGUUAACUUUAGGUUUAAUGGGACAAGAUGAAGUUUAUUUAAAAGUUAUUGCUACUAGUGGUGAUAAAAAUGAAAGAAAACAUGCAAAUAAAGUAUUACAAUUAAUUGGUAAAGGUAAACAUUGGGUUUUGGUUACAUUAUUAUUAUCAAAUGUUAUUACAAAUGAAACAUUACCCAUUGUUUUAGAUAGAUGUUUAGGUGGUGGAUGGCCUGCAGUUGUUACUUCAACAGUUUCAAUUGUUAUAUUUGGUGAAAUUAUUCCUCAAUCUAUUUGUGUUAGAUAUGGUUUACAAGUUGGUUCAUUAUUUUCACCAUUUGUUUUAGUAUUAAUGUAUAUAAUGUAUCCAGUUGCUUAUCCAUGUGCUUUAUUAUUAGAUCAUAUAUUAGGUGAAGAUCAUGGUACAGUUUAUAAAAAAAGUGGUUUAAAAACUUUAGUUACAUUACAUAAAACUAUGGGAGUUGAAAGAUUAAAUCAAGAUGAAGUUACUAUAAUUUCCGCAGUUUUAGAUUUAAAAGAAAAAGCAGUUAGUUCAAUAAUGACUCCAAUGGAUAGAGUUUAUACAAUGAGUGCAGAUACUUUAUUAGAUGAGAAAACUGUUGAAGAAAUUUUUAAUGCUGGUUUUUCAAGAAUUCCAAUUCAUUUACCAAAUGAACCAAAUAAUUUUAUCGGUAUGUUAUUAGUUAGAGUUUUAAUUUCAUAUGAUCCUGAAGAUUCAUUACCUGUUGCUUCUUUCCCAUUAGCUACAUUACCAGAAACUGGUUUAGAUACUUCAUGUUUAAAUAUUUUAAAUUAUUUUCAAGAAGGUAAAUCUCAUAUGAUUAUAGUUUCAGAACAUCCUGGUGAACCUACUGGUGCAGUUGGUGUUUUAACUUUAGAAGAUGUUAUCGAAGAAUUAAUUGGUGAAGAAAUUGUUGAUGAAUCAGAUGUUUAUAUUGAUAUAAAUAAAAAUAUUAAAAGAAAACAUCCAGGUCCAUUAUCAAAAAGAAAUUUAACAAGUUAUUUACAUAAUUUAUAUCAAAGAAGUGAUAAAAAUAAUGGUUCAAUAAAUUCAAAAAGAAAUUCAAUUGAUUCUCAACAAUCACAAACUCAAGUUGAUUUAAGAGAAAGAUUAAGAAAAGGUUCAUCACAACUGAUUUUAACUACUCCAAAUUUAAAUAAAAAGAAAGUGAAAGAAGAUUCAAAUUUGAGUACUACUCCAAAUGCUAAAUCUAAAUGGAAAAUUAAAAAUCCGGCAUUAAAUCCAUUAGAAACUAAUAAAUCCUUUGUUACUAUUAAAAGACCUGAUCAAGGUACUAUUGAUUCAGUUACAAAAGCAGCAUCACCAGCACCAGAAACUAAUAGAAAGGAACAACUAAAACAAGCUCAACAACAAGAUAAAAAUACUGAAGUUGGUAUUUAUUCAUCUGAACAAAAUGCAAUUGAUGAAGCAAAAAGAAGAUCAUUAGAUCAAUCGAGAGCAAAUUCACGACAACAGUUUUUAUUACCAAAUGAACGAGAAACUGAUGUUUCUGAAAUAAAUGGAGAUAAAGAAGAACAUAAUCAAGAGAAUCAACAAUUACCAAUUGCAAUCAAUAAUUCAAAUGGAGUUACAUUAUAUGAUCAACAAUCAAGAUCAUAUAGGACUGGAGGUAUAGUUGAAUCGGUUAUAAAUGUACAGGGUGUACAUAAAACAAUUAUUGAAAAUGUAAGUGAUCGAGAAGAUAUGGAAAUUAUUGAUCCAAAAUAUAAACUGAAGAAAUCUAAAAAGAAUAAGAAAAAGAAGAGAAGUCCAAGUUCAACAAUUAGAUCUGAUUCUUUUGGUUUAAAUAAAUAUUCUGAUGAGAAUGAAAAUGAAAAUGAUAGUGAAAGUGUUGAAGAAGAAGAAGAAAAUCAAUCAUUAUUAAAAAAUAAUAAUGGUAAUGGAAGAAAAAAUUCAAGAUCUUCAAGUAUUAGUAGUUCAAGUAAAAAAUUUAGUGUUUGGGAUAAAUUAAAAGGAAAUACAUCCGAAUAA